GGGCACUUAGUUGACUUUCAGCAGUUGAGAGGACUGCAAAUGUUUCGACGCACUUUAAUGGCCUUAUUGACUCAUUGAAUCGUAUUUAUUUGAUUUAAAGAAAAAUGAAUUUCGUCAGGUCUCGCCUUUCCGUUGGCUGCCUUUUAGGUCAAAGGUACAGACCGGCUGCUGAAACAUGGAGCUACAGAGGGAUGUGCAACAAACCACAGGAGGUGAAAGCUGAGCCUCCGUCUGCUGUCCCUGCAGGAGCAUCUCGUCCCGGGUUCAGAAUCCCAGGCUCCAGACCCACAGAGCUGGACAAGAAGAUUUUGAUCUGGUCGGGACGUUUUAAAACCGUGGACGAGAUACCAGAGCUUGUGUCGUAUGAGAUGAUUGAUGCGGCCCGAAACAAAAUCAGAGUGAAAGCCUGUUAUUUGAUGAUGGGCGUCACAAUAGGGGCCUGUGUGAUCAUGGUGAUCCUGGGCAAGCGGGCUGCGGGAAGGCACGAGUCCCUGACAACUCUGAACAUGGAGAAGAAAGCCAAGUGGAGGGAGGCACUACAAAAAGAGGGAGAGCCUGUCGUUUCCCUGUCUGGCAAGGCUCAGUGAUGGAGGACGGCUUGUCCCCUCACAACCAUGUCAUUUUCCCCCAAAUGCGGGGCCAGUAGUGUCCACCGUCCUACUGUAUGUGUCACAUCUUCAAAGCUCUCCCCUCCCAUACCUUUGGAGAAAUAGAGCAACCAAAAGAGAUCAGAGCAGUUGAUACGUAGUAGUACUUUUGCAACCAGCAGAUGGACUUAAACACACAACUAUGGCUUAUUUACUCAUUUUGAAACCCAAUGCUUGUAUGUACUGAGGUUAAAAACUGGCACUUGCUUUUUGAGGAAGCUGCACUAAUAAUUUUUGCAGUGGUAGCAUUUGGUUGUAUUGGAGAGUGGCAACCUGAUACUGUAAUGCAGGUUUUAAGAUUUUUUUUAUAACCAAUCAGUGGCAUUUACAUGUCAAAAUAAUUAUUUUCGGACAAUAAAUCCGUUGCACCGACCCACCAUUUGGUACUCUGCCAAUGCUUCUAGUAAACUUUGAACCUCUCCAACAUAAAUGCCUUAGGUAUCCCCGUUUUUAAGUUUGCCUCAGAGGCAACCCUCUUGUUUUUAUCUGCCUUGUGAAGACACUUCAGCCCUCAGGGUUUCAGAUGGUCUUCAUUUUUUGUAAAGCGAACAUCAAGAAGUGGCUGGGGCAUAUAUGAUUUGUCUGUACGAUGGUCUGUCCCCGACGCGAUACUCAUGUAAUUAGACUCGUGACAUCUGUGUGUGUGUAUAUAGUGAGCACCAAAAGAUUUCUGUUCAGUAAAGUAUAUCUUGAGA